UCAUGAGAGGAGUUUUGCUCAAUCCAUCCUAACAGUGGUAGAUGAUGAUGACUUGGAUGGUGUCAUUAUAUAUAUUUCUAUUUAUGUUAUAGUGGGACACAGCAGGACAGGAGCGUUUUAGGACAAUAACAUCUAGUUACUAUCGAGGCGCACAUGGAAUUAUUAUUGUCUAUGAUGUCACUGAUCAGGUAAUCCAAAAUAAAAGGUUGUAUUAUUCUUUGUAAAUGUCAUUCAGUGCUGGAAAACGUCCAGCAGCACUACUAUAUUGGUGCCGCACAUCUUGGCACAAGACAAUUUCUACUUGUAAAACGCUUUACGAAUUUUUAAACACAAAGUAAACUAUAUGGCAUUCCACCAUAUAAGAUGACAAAAUUUCCUGGAAAAUGUAAGAAAAUUACCUGCAAAGGUAUUUAGUUAAAAAAUCCUGGCAGUGAAAUCUACCUAACAUGAAUUUUUAUACUGACUUACCCAGGAAAUUUUUAUUCUUGAAAAAAAUAUAUUUUCUAAGCCUGAUGUCAUUAUUCCUGAGGCUUUGAUCUUCUUGACACCAUGAAACGAAUUUCAAAUUCACAUAUGUAUAAAUUUGUUAAUCAACUCUACACAUAAUUUUGCCCAAUAGCAAAAUAAAUAUUUCUGACAUUGUACAUUACUAACAAAUAUUAAUUUUUCAGGAAUCAUUUAACAACGUGAAACAAUGGUUGCAAGAAAUAGAUCGCUACGCAUGUGAGAAUGUUAACAAAUUACUUGUUGGAAAUAAGUGUGAUCUAACCACAAAGAAAGUUGUUGACUUCACCACAGCAAAGGCAAGUAUAUCACAUUAAAACACCCCUAGGGGCUAGGACCAAUUUCCACCUCGGUUUCUAUUUUUUUGCAUAAUUUGAUUCAUUUAAAAGUUACUUACUUACUUACAAAUUUAUUUAACCACACUAGCCAUACACAACAUAGUUGUAAAAUACAAUGUGUUGAUUUUCAGAUGGAGCGUGUUAUACUUACAGUACAAACUAUUUUAACUCACAUUCUUGUCUCUGGUAUAGUGGACAUACUGCGUUUAAAUUGGUAAAGCGAGGAUGCCUUUUUCGCCUCAGAAGGAAGACUAUUCCACAGCAUUGCACCACUAUACUUAAAACUUCGUUUAAG